GCCAGGUAUUGGAGCGUGCAGCUUAUAUUAGGUACUUAUAUACGUAAUGGAGUGGCCAAUAAUAGGUAUGCCACCGCGUCCGUAGAUUGCCUAUAUGGGCUUCGUACUUGUUGCUAGGUAUUCCUUAACUGAAUAAGUCCCACUCCUAGUAAUUCACCAAUCCCACCAAUCCUCAGUCAUCAGACGACUUUCCACUGGGUAGAGUGUCUUAGUAAUGAAACAGCUAGUUCCUGCCGUUUCCUAGAUGCACAAAUAAGUAUCUAAGGUACCAGGUAGCUACCUAGUUUAAUCCCACAAAAUCUCGCAACUUUACGAAAUCAUAAAACUUACAACUUCAUCUACGCCGCUCCUCUACUAUCUACCAUCUAGUGUCCACAACCUGAUCGACACCAUGGCGUUAGACAAGAGUAAGGUUGCGGAGGGCCUAAAAGACAUUCGAACCAUUUACUUUGGGGACAAACCGUCGCAGGACUACAUGCUACAAGUCCAAUUUCCUGCGCCGUACUAUCCCAAGAGCAUCGUCGGUAUCCCCGAGGGAGACCAAGUCGACUCGACGGGCUUGGACGCGCUUCUAAUUGUGAUUCGCCGCAUCAUUAGCCAAUUAUCCUCGGAAUUUCGCGACGCGAAGGACGAAGCUGUGCGACGGUCGGAGCAAGCCAACCCGCUGCUCCGCCUCGCGAUGGCUGACUUCGUCUCGACCGAUAAGGAUAUCCUUCAAGCUGCUAGGUACUAUGCUCUGAAAGCCUUCUACGGAGGCUCGCUGAAAGACAACGACUUGUCUUUCCAGGCACUCGCGGAGCAUAAACUCAUGCAGGAAACCUUCUGGCAGCGGGAUGAUUUACUCCUGUUCAAUCCCGAAACUCCGUUCGAGGUGAAAGGGGUGUGGGAGCUCGGGAGAAUGGAGAAUAUCCUGGAACUAGCCGAACACAGUCUUAUCACGUUUAAGACUGGUAACCUCAGCGAGCAGAUCGCGGAGCAGUUCGGGACUUUCGAUGCCGACGACAUAGCGUACAUCAAGCAGGCCAAGCCGCCGGCUAUCCUACGGGUUCAAUACGACGUCAGCGCGGCCGACCCUAAGAAAUUCCAGGACCUUCGAAAGAUCGUCGUAGACAUGGCGCACGCCGAGCGUAAGCCUUCCGGGAUGUGGGGACUGACAGAGCCUGGCGCGGCCUUGAUGACGUACCGUCUGAUAGCCGAGGUCUGCCUGUCCAGCUCUCCCAAGGUCCAGGACACCAUCAGGACGUAUCAAGCGGAAGGAGAGGUAACUCCUAUUCCCGACAGCUUCCCACAUCACCAGACCGAGCCACUGGGCAAGGCGAACGCUCGCUAUAUGCUGUACUACUGCUAUGGCGUGACAGAUAUUCCCGGCGAGCAUUUGUACUCGGAGAUGCCGCCUCCCUUCGAUAGAGUGAAGGCAAAUCUCUUGUAUGGUAUACUAGACGGUACUAUUGCCGAGCCUCAUUCGUAGUAUGGAUAUCUAGAUGGAAGGAUGGGUGUAGAUGCAAAACAUGCUGUAUUCAGUCUCUUACACAGCUGAUGAUACUUCAAUUUAACUCACCUCCCU